GGUACUGCCUUGAUCUGCAUAAUAUAUGUAGUACAGUAGAAAAAAAUAGUUUCUAAGGAUGUCACUACUUAUACUUUAGAUAAUACCAACUCUUAAUAUGACAUAUGGAGCUUUCAAUGUAAAGUGAAAAAAAAAAAUUAUAUGACAUGGCCAAAACAAAUGUUGUCCUACCUAGAAUUCGUGGUGCUAGACCACAUGAAAGAUCUUUCGACUUGGUUGAACAAGAAUAUAAUGCCAUACAAGUGGGUCCAGCUCGUAGAAUUACAGUAGAGGACAAUGAUCGCUUAAUUGUAAAUCAAGGAGAUGACAGCGUACAUCCACGACUCCAUGCUUUGGAAGACAAAGUUACACAAGCCAUAAUUGCCCAAAAUGUUGUUUUGAAAGAACAACAGAAGGUAACUGAAGCUAUCAACCAUCAGCAGCAAAUGACACAAGCAUUAAUUGACAAGGCUUUCCAAAAUCGUGAGGAGUUUCUUCAUAAUCUUAGUGAAAUUCAAGGGGAGAGACUGGAAGAUAGUACAAGACAUUUACUCCAAGACCACAUACGUUACAUCACAUCUAUCGUCAAACGUUUGAAUCAGGAUAUCGAGGGUCUUGAAGCAGAGAUAAGAGCAAGAGAUCAUGGAAUCUUAGGAACUAAUGCUGCUGUUGGAAAAUUAGAAGUUCAUAACGUUACAUCAUUACAAGACUUACGGGGUCGUAUUGUCAGAUGUGAUGCUAGUAUUGCCAAGCAUUCAUCAGAUAUCAGGACAUGUUUUGGUGACAUUCAGCGUGUGAUAAAUGAUCAAUACAAGGCACACACUGCAGUUCAAGAAGUCGUACAUAAAAUGGAAUCACAAAUUUUAGCACUAGGUGGUGAACUAGAGAAAUUGGCAGGUAUAAGUUCAUCAGAUUUAUUAUAUAUGAAAAAAGAUGCUAGACGUGACCUAGAUUUAUCAACAGAGAGAAAUGAAAAUUCUCUUCGAGAUAUAAAAAACGCCUUGACUCUGUACAAAUCUAGUAUGAGUGGAGAUAUAGACAGAAUAGAAAGUAGAUUGGCUUCCAUGGUGGAAAAGGCAACAAGUACUUGGACACAAAUGUUGGGAAAAUUAGAAAGUCGGUUGGAAGACAAUGUUUUCUCCAUACAGGGUAGACUAAGCAGGGUAGAAUCAGCUGUAGCAAGAGACAGACAAAUUAUCAAUAAUUUACAUGCGGUUAUUGAGAACACUGUUUUAUCUAAAUUAGAGGACUACAGCAGAUAUCAUCAGGCAGAACUACAGACAGCUAAGAAUGAGUUCCGAGAGGGAUUUACAUCAGUACAUGACAGUAUCAGUAAUGCUAAACGGGUUGUUGAAGGCAAACUUAAACUGCAAGAGGAUAAACUCAAAAAGGAUGUGAACCAAGUUAGAAAACUAGUUGUACUCCACUGAUGACUGUUUAGAAAAAUUCUCAAUUUAGGACAGAAGAAAAUCGUUGGAAUUGUGAAAGCUUUCAGAAACUUUUUUUUCAUUUCCUGAAUAAACACAACAUUCAAAUGUUAGAAAAUGUUAUGCAUUGUCAAUAUUGGAUAACUAACAGUGUAAAAUAUAUAUUUAUUUUUAUUUUUUUAUACAUGUACAUGUAUGUUUUUUAGUGUUUAUUUGAAUUACAGUACUGAUUUUGUU